AUGAGAAUCCAUGGAACGAGUGGUUUGCAGGGUUGGAGGUCAAAACAACAAUUGCUCAAGAUGUGGAAAGAACAUAUCCCAUUCUUCCGGGAAACCGAGAUCCAGAGCCAGUUAACCAACAUACUUUUCAUCUACGCCUCUACGCAUCCACGUAUAGGUUAUCGACAAGGAAUGCACGAACUCCUGGCACCUCUGUAUUAUGCCAUUUAUUUUGACUCUGUCGACGAAUCUGCUGCCGUCGAGCCUGAACUACGCGAAAUAUGUUCUGUCGCCUGGAUCGCUGCGGAUGCCUGGGCGCUCUUUGACACCGUGAUGGACGGCGUAUCGACAUGGUAUGAAUGGCGGGAACCAGACUAUCGAACACUCGCAGCGGAACGCCAACCUGGCAUUGCAGGCCACGUGCAUCUCGUCGCACCCAACGGGCCAAACGGCCUACAGCCUUGGGUUGCACCGAUAGUCAAAGCUUGCAAUCAUAUUCAAAAUGAGUUGCUCAAGAAAGUCGAUCCUGCUCUUUGGAACGCCAUGUCGAAAGCAGGGAUAGAGCCUCAGAUCUAUGGAAUUCGAUGGCUUCGUAUGCUGUUUACGCGCGAGUUUUCAAUGACGGAUACAAUGAAGUUGUGGGAUGGACUGUUUGCAUGUGACCCAACCCUUGCGCUGGCGCAAUGGGUCUGCGUCGCCAUGUUGAUUCGUAUUCGUGGAAAUUUAAUCAAUGCCGACUAUAGCUCACAACUUACGACUCUCCUGCGCUAUCCAUCACCAUCUAGACCACUAUUGGACGACGCUCCCAUCCAUACAUGUCUUCUCCUUCAGCAAGCCCUUUCACUGCAGUUGUCGCCGACGCCAUCGACUGCUGCGACAAUAGCAAUGGAGAAUAGGUCUCUGCUUGGAAUCCCAAUCGAACCUGCGGAACAUCACCCGCCAUCGCCCAAGAAACGCGUCCCGUUGACGCGACAUCACUCUGGAUUUGUACCAACCAAAGCUAACGGUGCCAAGGACGCUUCGACUCCUGGACACAGUCGACAAGCAUCUUCACCACCUCUUGGACUGUCAGAAAUGCUGUCUCGGGGGUUGCUCGAAAGGGGAGAGAGUCUAGGGAUCAAUAAGACACUUUUGAGUGCCGUCUCCGAAUUAAAGGUGAGUGAUUUCAAUCCAAGCUUUGAUGCUGUUCAUAUAACACUCUACCCAGAGAAACAUACCGGAUAUAUCUGCACUGGUCAAAUCGCCAACAUAUGA